AUGAACCCUUUAUUGUUUGAAGAAGCAGUAUAUAAAUUUGGUAAUAUAAUUAACAGCUUGGAGAAGAAGAUGAAUAUCAAAGAUUAACAAAAAUUAGUGAUGCAAUCAAAUUAGUAGCUGGGACUAUAAUGAGGAUUAAAACUUUUAAUAAUUGGCAGAUCUUGAAAUACAGUAAAAAUACCUUAAUCAUUUAUUUAGUGAUUUGUUCUUAUCCCUUUUAGCAGGAAGUUAUAUAAUUGUUGAUGAAUACGAUCUUCGACUAUUUUUAAGAUAUUGAUUUUCUUAACGCUUUUGAAAAAGCUUUACUGGAAAUAGCUUAAUUGAAAGAGCAAAGAGUGUUUCUAAGCUCUCGAUCUUAAUCCCUUAGGAUUGGUGUACUUCAGCAAAAGUAGUAAUUUAAAAUAGAAACUAGUUAUAAUAAUAUGAAUAUACGAAACGAAUAACUUAAAUAAAGUUCUAUCCCAUUUGCGAAGGCAGUGAUUGAGUAAUUGACAGUGGCCAAAAGGUUUGCAGCCACUUUCAUUAAAAAAUACAUAAUAUUGGCAAAAACUUUGAAUUAAGACAUCAAAGAAAGAGUGUAUAUAAUCAAGGAUUUUGUAGUCAAUACUAGAGAUCAUCAUUUUAUAAUCCUAUUAAUCAACACAUUUGAAGAAUUAAAGUAAUUUGAAUUAAGAGAUUAGAGUUGGAUAAUUCGUUUUGAUCAUGAAAUUGAAUAAUGUAUAUAAAUUUAUGACAUUUAGAUUGUGCUUAACACAACAUCUUAGUGCCUCAUUACAUGGAAAAGUAAGCUAAACACCAUUAAAUUGAGUAAGAUUCACAUGGUAGUGAUUCAGAAGAGGAUAAAGAUUCUGACUCAUAAUAACAUCAGUCAUCUAACUCAAAUUCUGCUAGUGGAAAAUAAUCUUUAAUGGAUGAGGAUGAGUUGAUUUAAAAAUGGAUAGCAUAAAAAUAAUUUGUCAUAGAAUAAUAAUAACAAUUAGAGAUAUUAUCUAAAUAUGAAAAUUUACUACUUUUGAUAAGGUUUCUCCUAAAUCCAAGUGAAGAAGCAGUAGAUGAUUUUUGGGUUAUUUAAUUUAAUAUUUUUAGAAAGAUCAAUAUCCAAUUGAGGAGAUUAAUGAUGAUGGAGUUUCUUUAAAAAUAAGAAAUCAGAAAAUUGAAUUUCAUGCCAUUGUGAGAUCCUUUAAAACUGCACAGAUGUUUCAUCAUAGGCAGAAUUUAGAAAAAUUGCAAUAAUAUAAUUAGAUUUUCCUAUAGAUGUUCUGUAAUAUUAAUAAAUAUUAAUUAGUUAAGUAAACCUCAGAAGCAUUUCAAAUUAAAAACAGAAAUCUAAAUUUGAAUCAUUUAGCUUUAACGAUAGAUUCCUUUUUAACUGUCUUUCCUAAGAGUUCAAUGGCUUUGAUUUUAGAAAACUAACUGCUGUUUUCAUUUUCAAAUUAUAUUUAUAAUCCAUUAAUCAUGGGUUUAUUAAUUGACAUCCAUCAAAUCUAAUUCAAUAAAUAUAAUUUUGGACUCCCUUUUACAGAAUAAAUUUGGAAAUACUAACUCUUUACAGAUUGGUUUAUGUGGAUAUAAAAUCUAUUUUACGAGAAAGAAAAUGAUUAAAAGCAACUAGAAUACUAAACGAAAAGUGAAAACAUAGUAAUAUUGCAUAUUUAUUUUAGGAAUUCAUAAUAAAAAGUCUCAAAGAAUUGUCAAAGAAAGAAUUGAAAAUAUCUAAACCAAAAAAUUCAGAUGAUAAUAAAAUUAAAUUAACAUAAUUAUUAGGAUCUCUUCAAGCUGGUAAAAGCUUGAUGAAAUAAAAUACAAAAGAUUACGAAAAUUGGAAAUUUAACUCAAAAAUAAAAGAACAUUUAACAAUUGAAGAAUUUAAGGCUUAAGAUUAUGAUAAUCUCAUGGAGUUUACUAAAUAGAGAGAUUAAAUGUAUAAAUAAUAAUUGGAAACAAAGAUCUCAUAAGAGAUAUAAAUCCAGAUUGAUAAUAUACAAUUAAAAAGAUCUUCAAGAGUUCGAAUGUCCUAGACAAAUAGUAUGCAUUAAUAAUCCCCCACGUCGAACUCAAAAUUUGUAUUCUACAACUCCUCAUUUUAAAGUCAAAGUGAUAGUUAGCCAAACAGUAGCCGUUCAAUCAAAUUACCAUCAAUAUAUGCAAACAAUUAAUACACUGAAUCCAAAUUUAAUGUUGCUUAAAGUUUCAGUUCUUAAGGGGAAAUUAAUACUAGGAAUAUAAGUAGUUUUGGGUAAACUCCUAAGAAUAGUAAACUUGUUUUAGCGAGUUAAAGAAGACUCAAAACAGAAAAUGAUGAUAUUGGUUUGAAUUCUAUUUAAUCAAAUGACGGAUUCUCUAGUAGUAGGUUGAUAACAAUAUAUCCAUCAAAAUAAGCAUAAAUCAAAUUUGAAUAAUCAAAGUCUGUUUAACGAUAAGACUAAAUCAUGGUUGAAAGUUGUUUACGCUUUUUUAGUGAGAUCCUCAAAACAAUACUCGAUUAUUUUUAGUAGCCUAAUAAGACUAAUUUAUAAUAAUUAAAUGAAUAAAUUCUUAUUCAACAAAUAUUGAGUAUGAAUUUUUUGAACUUCAUCUUUGACAUUUACUUGUCAAGUUUAAUUGAUUAAAAUGUUUAACAACAAAAAAUAGGGGAAGUUUGUGGAUAACUCAUUAAUCAAAUAUAUUACAAAAGUCAUCAUAUUGAACUAUUUCAAUUAUUAAGAGAGCAGUUGAGAACUCUGUUUCUGGCUAAUGUUGAUAAUCUAACUAGAGCAAUAGUGGCCAUUAAUAAGUAAAUCAGAUUGUCAUCAAAAUUUGUUAAUAAGUGUCAAUUAUAACUCCUAUUAUAAACAUACUUUUUUGGAUUCAAUUUGUUUAGCAUCCAUUCUUAAUUACCAAGCACAUCUAAUAUUUUUAAACAUUUAAAUGAAACUGUAAUGCAUAUCUUUAUUAUAUGGUUUUUUGAUAGUCAAUAAAAUAAUUGCUACUAAUACUUCUUUACUAAAUUUUUAACCAUUUUAUUUGCAAAGGCUCCAGUACCAUCAUUAACCAAUAUUUUGUUCAAUAUUGGAUUAAUAAAUUCGAUUUAUAACGCUUUUUAAUCAUUCUGGGUCAAUGGCAUGAAGAGCACUUGUUUUGAGCCAGGGGUCUAUUUUUAUAUAAGAAUGAUCGUAUAUGUGAUAAAUAAGUCACUUAAUCAUCGAAAUAUGAUUGUUUUACAAGAAUAUUUGCAGCCCUUAGAAUCAUGGAAAGGUGUUAAGAAGCUAAUUCCUGAUGAAGAUUCCAAUUAUAUGAUUGAAUUGUAAGAACUACUAAAAACAGGACAAACCCCAAUUAGAAAGAUUUAAUUAAAGAAAACUAAACUCGAAAAAUUGAAAUCUUAAUUGACUGUUGAUUGUUUUGAUAGUAAAUUAAAGGAGAUCAAAUAAUUUGAAUAGGCCUAAUUAGAAAAGUAAAAGCAAUCCUCUACACCUAAAGUGAUCUAAUAAGGAAAAAAAAUUUCAAAUAAAUUGAGCCAAAGGUCGCUUAGAAAUAGACCAAGUCUUAAACCUGAUAAUUGA